AUGGAUGCUGUAACUUCCGCUUUUGUUCCCAUUCGCACCAAGGCUUCGGUGGUGUUGAAAGAAAAAGCGGAAGCAUCUUUCGGUGUAACUGUGUUUGAACCCAAAAAGGCUGCACUGCAACGGAAAAGGACGUCGCGACCGCCCGAACGUGCCCCGAUUGGUGAUGGCUCUGGAGAUGAGGAUACUGAGGAAGAUAUUGAUGACAUUUUCUCGGAUGCACCACGCAGAAAGCCUAAACGGAAAGACGAUCCAACUGUGUUCGAUUUAUCAAAGGCACGAAAGGACAUCAUAAACUUCGGCAUCAGUGGUUUCGACACGAAAGAGAAGCACCAAGCGAGUGUGGCACUGGCAAUAAAGCUUGGGGCCAAGCCGCCGAAAAAUAAGGGUCGCAAUUAUCGCGAGAUUCUUGAGGAACGGAAAGCAGCUCAGGAGAAAGAUGACGAUGUGGCGGAAAAAAGGCGCGCGGGUCACACUGCGUUUGGAGCUAUCCAGUCGUUCCAGAAGCACCAGCAGCGGAAGCGUGACCGAGAGCGAAAUCCUGGUUCCAUCAUGAAACACUACGGCAUAGCUAAACCGCGAUUGGGUGGCAAAAGGAAAUAA